CCACACUUGACUCGACCCCCUUUAACCAUGUCGAGCGGAGCACCUUCGGACCCCCUGUCGUGCCGGAUGUACGAGAAGAAGUUCCCAGACAUUGACGAGCCUGUGAUGGUCAACGUGCGGUCUGUGGCGGAGAUGGGUGCCUACGUUGCCCUCCUCGAGUACAACAACAUCGAGGGCAUGAUCCUCCUCUCGGAGCUCUCCAAGCGCCGCAUCCGCUCCAUCCCCAAGCUCAUUCGCGUCGGCCGUAACGAGGUUGUCGCCGUCCUCCGCGUCGACAAGGAGAAGGGCUACAUUGAUCUCUCAAAGCGGCGUGUGGAGGAGAAGGACAUUGCGCAGCUGGAGGAGAAGUACGCAAAGUCCAAGGAGGUGCACACCAUCAUGCGGCAGACGGCCAAGGUGACCGGCAAGGUGCUGGAGGACCUGUACGUCCAGUUUGGCUGGCCUCUCUACAAGAAGUACGGACAUGCGUACAUCGGGUUCUGCAAGGCCAUCCAGAACGAGGAGGAGGUCUUUGGCGAGUUUGACAUUGAGCCCGAGGUCUACGAGACGCUCAUGAAGAUGAUCCGCCGCCGGCUCACCCCGUCUGCCGUCCGCCUCCGGGCCGACGUCGAGGUCUCGUGCGACACCUACGAGGGCAUCGAGGCCAUCAAGCGUGCCCUGCGUGCUGGCGAGAUCUCCGCCGCAGACCUGCCCUCGGACGGCGACGACGCCGCCGCAGACGACGACGGCGAUGCCGACGCCCAGGUCUCAGUCAAGCUCGUCGCCCCGCCGCUCUACGUCUUCCUCACCACCGCCAACAACACCGACAAGGGCACUGCGCUCCUCAACGAGGCCAUCGCACGCACCAAGGCUGUCAUCGAGGAGGCCGGCGGCAAGAUGAACCUCAAGAUCCCGCCGCGCGCCACUUCGGAGCGCGACGAGAAGGACUUUACCGCCCUCCUCAAGGAUCUCGAGCGCGCCAACGCCGAGGUCGACGGCGACGACUCUGCCGACGACGAGGAGUAGACCACGUAAAAAUGCAAGACCAAA